AUGAACUUGCGUGGGAAUUUUUCAGACCACGUCGCAACCUCAGAGACCCCUGUGCCCUUUAACCCCGUCCCCUGGCCCCCCACAUCAGAAACCGGAAUGCUGGGAAGUAAAGCCCAGAACUUUACGGCCGGCUGUAACAGGAGCGGAAUCUUCCAGACAUCGCUGUUUGGGAACCUGUCACUCAGCGGGACCUCCAGCGAGGAGGCGGGGCUUGCCGCUUCCCUGCACUGUGUUUCCGAGGGAAGCGGCGAGGGCGUGGUUCAGAAGAACUGGGCGGCGCUGCUCAUCCUGGCCGUGGUGGUCGUCACGGUAACGGGGAACAUCCUGGUGAUCAUGGCCGUCAGUCUGGAGAAGAAGCUACAGAACGCCACCAACUACUUCCUGAUGUCACUGGCUGUGGCAGACAUGUUACUGGGCCUCCUGGUUAUGCCUGUCUCCAUGGUGACCAUACUCUAUGGUUACUCUUGGCCAUUGCCCUCUGACCUGUGCCCUGUGUGGAUCUACCUGGACGUCCUGUUGUCCACGGCCUCCAUCAUGCACCUGUGUGCCAUCUCUCUGGAUCGCUACAUCGCCAUCCGAAACCCCAUCCUUUACAGCCGCUCCAACUCCCGCACCAAAGCCCGUGCCAAGAUCACCGCAGUCUGGACCAUCUCAGCAGGUAUCUCCAUGCCCAUCCCUGUGCUGGGUUUACGGGAUCACUCGAAAGUCUUUAAAGACGGCAGCUGCUUGUUGACAGAUGAUUCCUUCGUGCUGAUUGGAUCGUUCGUGGCGUUUUUUGUACCCCUGACUAUCAUGGUGGUCACCUAUUUCUUGACAAUCAGCGUAUUACAGAACGAGGCGACGAUCUGCCUGGACCAGCUGGUGCCCAGGCCCAAAUGGAGCGCCGGGCUGACGCUCAGUUUCCUUCCCCACGCCUCUUUCUCUCCGUCCGGGAAACUCUUCCUCCGUCGCUCCCUGAGCCGCGAGGGCGCCGCGGGGCCCGGAGCGGCCGCGCCCUUCGGUCGGCGUACCAUGCAGUCCAUCAGCAACGAGCAGAAAGCCUCCAAAGUCUUGGGCGUCGUCUUUUUCCUCUUCGUCGUCAUGUGGUGCCCGUUUUUCGUGACAAACGUUCUGGCCGUGGUGUGUGAGCCGGCCGUUUGUGACCCCGCCCUGAUGGGAGGGCUGCUGAACAUUUUCGUGUGGGUGGGGUACCUCUCCUCCGCCGUGAACCCGUUGGUCUACACGCUCUUCAACAAGACCUACCGCGCGGCGUUUUCCCGUUACGUGAGAUGCCGGUACCAGGAGGAACGAAAGCCGUUGCAGCUCAUCCUGGUCAACACCAUCCCACCGCUGGCUUACCAGUCCACACACUUACCCCUGGGCCCGUCGCUGGGCAACGGCGAUUUCUCGCUGCCGCCCAAACCGGGCACGGACGAGAGCAUCAGCUGCGUGUGA